AUGUACCUGUGACAAAUGGCAUUACAGACUAUUAUAGUGGAAUUGGUGAUUCGAUAUCCAUGAACGUAUCUGUCGAUGCGAACCCAUUACGUGUGACGUUUGUUGAUUGGAUAAAUUAUGACGUUGUUUUAACGGACAAAGUAGAUACAUUAUCUACGAGUACUGUAUUCAUCAACGAAGUCACCGAAUUCCAUUUCGGCGUAUAUAAUAUCACUGCACAUAAUGACAUUGGAAGUGUUGUACUCCAGGUCAAUUUACAUCAUGCAGGCGUGCCCGAAGCACCUGUAUCUCUGGAGAUAAUUGAUCGUUCUUAUGAUAGUUUAUCUAUAUUACUGUCACCCGGGUAUGAUGGAGGAUAUAGUGGAAAUACGGCACAAUACCUGGAAUAUCGUUCGACAUCACAGGCGUCAUUCCAAUCUUGGCCAUCUGACGGAAUGGGAACAAGAAAUACCACUAUAUGGAUUAUGCAGUUAAAGCCGUCCACUGCGUAUGAAAUAAAAGCAAAGACAGGCAACAUAUAUGGAAUCGGGCAGUUUUCUACUACAUAUGUGUUUAUUACUUAUCGUGAACCAAUAGUUAAUUUAAAUGACCAGACUGGUAUCAUAAAAUGGACACGUCACGAAGAUAUGAAAUAUCAAUGUGUGAAAAUAGAAAAACUGGAAAGAAAUGACAAUUGGAUUAUAGAAGAGAAUUGUUUAGACAGAGAUGUGGUGGAGUAUACAGUGAAAGACAACAACGCGGAAUAUAGAGUGACGUAUUGUUCACGUGAUAAUACAUGUGAGGGACAUCAUUUUAAAGCAACUAAAGGUACUGAUUAUGCAGAUCGUGUUGAAAGUUGUAACACUGUUGCUAUUGUUAUUGGUGUAUUGGUAUCACUACUCGGUGGUUGCGUAAUUGGUUUUUUAAUUGGCUUUAUUCUGAUUAAGCGAGUCAUAACGAAAAACGCAAAACAGGUAAAGCAA